GUGCCCGGGGCGGAGAUGGCGGACGAGCCGCAGAAGAAGUCGCACUUGUCGGCCUUGGUGGGACACACGAACGGGCUCACCAAGCCCGCCUCGCUGACCGCCACCCGCUCUACGGGAGGAGGAGGAGGAGGCGCGACCGCCUCCUCCAAGAAACUCGUGAUCAAGAACUUCAGAGAAAGACCCAAAUUACCAGAUAAUUAUACUCAGGACACCUGGCAGAAACUUCAUGAAGCGGUGGGAGCAAUACAGAGUAGCAUUUCUAUUAAAUACAACCUUGAAGAGCUCUACCAGGCUGUUGAAAAUCUCUGUUCCUACAAAGUCUCUGCUACACUGUACAAACAGCUGCGACAAGUCUGUGAAGAACAUGUGAAAGCACAAAUCCUUCAGUUUAGAGAAGAUUCUCUGGAUAGUCUUUUAUUUUUAAAGAAGAUAAAUAAAUGCUGGCAAGAUCAUUGCAGACAAAUGAUCAUGAUCAGAAGCAUUUUCUUAUUUUUGGAUCGUACAUAUGUGCUUCAGAAUUCAGUGCUUCCUUCUAUAUGGGAUAUGGGGCUAGAGUUGUUUAGAAACCAUAUCAUUAGUGACAAGCAAGUUCAAACCAAGACUAUUGAAGGAAUUCUCCUGCUGAUCGAACGAGAACGAAAUGGUGAAGCUGUGGACAGAAGCUUGCUGCGGAGUUUGUUGAGCAUGCUCUCGGAUUUGCAGGUUUACAAAGAAUCAUUUGAACAGAGGUUUCUGGAAGAGACAAAUUGUUUAUAUGCUGCAGAAGGCCAAAGAUUAAUGCAGGAAAGAGAGGUCCCAGAAUAUCUUCACCAUGUUAAUAAACGUUUGGAAGAAGAAGGAGACAGAGUAAUAACAUAUUUAGAUCACAGCACACAGAAACCACUGAUUGCUUGUGUGGAGAAGCAGCUACUAGGAGAACACUUAUCAGCUAUUUUGCAAAAAGGACUUGAUAGCCUGCUCAAUGAAAAUAGAAUAUCAGAUUUGACCCAGACAUACCAGCUGUUCAGCCGGGUAAAAGGUGGGCAGCAGAUCCUUUUGCAACACUGGAGUGAAUACAUCAAGAACUUUGGGACAACAAUAGUGGUUAAUCCUGAAAAAGACAAGGAUAUGGUGCAAGAGCUACUAGAUUUUAAGGAUAAAGUGGACCAUAUCAUAGAAGUGUGCUUUCAGAAAAAUGAAAAAUUUAUAAACUUGAUGAAGGAGUCCUUUGAAACAUUUAUCAACAAGAGACCAAAUAAGCCUGCAGAAUUGAUAGCAAAAUAUGUGGAUUCCAAGUUAAGAGCUGGUAAUAAAGAAGCAACAGAUGAAGAGCUGGAAAGAAUCCUUGACAAAAUAAUGAUCAUAUUUAGAUUCAUUCAUGGGAAAGAUGUGUUUGAGGCAUUUUAUAAGAAAGACUUGGCCAAAAGACUGCUGGUUGGAAAAAGUGCAUCAGUAGAUGCUGAGAAGUCCAUGUUGUCAAAGCUUAAACAUGAAUGUGGCGCUGCUUUUACCAGCAAACUGGAGGGCAUGUUCAAGGACAUGGAACUGUCCAAAGAUGUCAUGGUACAGUUCAAGCAGUAUAUGCAGAACCAAAGUGACCCAGGAAAUAUAGACCUAACAGUAAAUAUAUUAACUAUGGGAUAUUGGCCAACUUACACACCUAUGGAAGUCCACUUAAAUUCAGAGAUGAUAAAGCUUCAAGAGGUAUUUAAAACCUUUUACCUUGGAAAACACAGUGGUCGAAAACUUCAGUGGCAGACCACUUUAGGACAUGCUGUCCUAAAGGCAGAAUUUAAGGAAGGGAAGAAGGAGUUUCAAGUAUCACUCUUUCAGACAUUGGUAUUGCUUAUGUUUAAUGAAGGAGAUGAAUUCAGUUUUGAAGAAAUUAAAAUGGCUACUGGUGUAGGCUUUUUACAGGCUUCCUCUUCAUUUGAAGUGAAAGAUUCAAGUGGUAAGGUCUGCAUAAUUGCUGAUUUGACAGUAGACUUCUCAGUGGAAUACAAAACCAAUGUGCAAAAAGAGUUUGUACACUUUUUUCUUCCGCAAAAUGCUUCAGUAGGCUCACAGAGCUCAUGUGGUAAAGAUAACGUAUCUCAUCCAGUUCUGGUGUUGGAUUUUGGAGGAGGACAUUCCUUAAGCCUGAAUUUCUCAGAAUCUGCAGACAAGUACCAAGUUGAAGAGUUAGUUUUCCACUACAAUCUGUCAGAUGCAACUUUAUUCCCAAAUUCAACAGGAGGCAUGAAGACUGUAUCACAUAAAAGUAUCAUUCAGGCACAUAUGGGCACAAAAUACAGAUGCAUCAACUCCAAGCACAUCAGUAUGAAGAAUGUGAAUGUUACUUUUAGCAAUGUCACUUUGGAAGCCUAUCUCACAAAUGGAACUUUCAGUGUGAACAAGACAGAAUGUGCUGAAGAUAUGGUCUCUACUACUACUAUGGUGCCUACAACUCCUAAACAGACUACUAGACAGGUUCCAACAACUAGCCCAGCACCAACAUCAUCACCAGCACCAACAUCACCCCCAAAUCCUGCAGUUGGUAAAUACAAUGUGACUGGUCCAAAUGGAACCUGUGUACUUGCCUACAUGGGCUUGCAGCUUAAUAUCACCUAUCAAAAAAAAGAUGAAAAGAUGGGUUUGGAUUUGCUGAAUUUCAUACCACGUAAUACAACUUCUUCUGGGAGAUGUGACAAUACAUCUGCCUUGUUGAACCUGACUUUUGAGAAAACGAGAGUUAUCUUCCAGUUUGCAUUGAAUGCAAGUGCUGAAAAAUUCUUCCUGCAAGGUGUGAGUGUAAGCACGACCCUGCCUUCUGAAGCAAAAAAUCCAAAAUUUGAAGCAUCAAACAACAGUAUGAGUGAGCUGAGAGCUUCAGUAGGGAAUUCGUACAAGUGCAGUUCUGAGGAGAAUCUGCAGGUCACGGACCAAGCCCUUGUCAAUGUAUUUAAUGUUCAGGUCCAGAUUUUCAAGAUUGAUGGAGACAAAUUUGGGCCAGUGGAAGAAUGCCAACUGGAUGAAAAUAACAUGCUGAUCCCUAUAAUAGUUGGUGCAGCCCUUGCUGGUCUUGUUCUAAUUGUCUUGAUUGCUUACCUGAUUGGCAGAAAGAGGAGCCAUGCUGGAUAUCAAACAAUUUAAUUACUUGCACUAAAAUCCAGCAUAGAUGAAAAGCAAUUGCAAGAGGCUGGGGGAAAAAAUCCCCCUACAUUUCCCCUGAACUGGUUGAUAUUGUAAGGUAACAUCUUUUCUUGCAAAUUGCUUCUUUAAAGUCUGCUUUAUUAAAUGUGAAAUCAUCUUGCAGCAUUUAACUAUGCACAAAAAUAACUUCUGAAAAUUCUGGUGUUUAAUUUUGCUAACUAGUUUUAAUAUUUACCCACUUAGAAACAAGCUAAAAGUUUUUAAGGGUGCUUUUUUGGAAUUGGCAUAAGAUUAUGUCAGCUACAGAUUCCAGAGAGGGAUGUUGCUAACUCUUGACUCAAUUUCAGAACUCUUAACAAAGGGAAAAGGUUCAUUAUUUGCACCGCUGCCAUUGAGCGAUGAUGUUAAACAUACUGAUGAUGCAUUUGAAAAAAUUUAGUAACAACUGACAAAAUUGAAAUCUAAAAGCUGAACUUCACCUUGUCUUUUAGGUGUGUAUUUUUUACUAAGCUUUAAACUCAAUGCCUGGCACAUGCAGGGUGUGAACGACGCAAUACUCAAACCUUACAGGAACUCUUUAUGAUUGGACAACUCCCCUGUUUGAUAUUUUUGAUGCUAUGCCAGCUUGUUAGGAGCUGGUACUUUUUUAAAAUGGGUGUUAUUUUUUUUUACUUUUUUUUGUAAAGUUAUUUCAGUCUGUUCUCUUGGAAGGUUCAGAGAGAUCCUGUUACUGCACAUGUGUACAAUAUAGAUCUCAAUCUGCUGAUUCUAUUGCUUUAAACUUGGCUGGGGGGUUGUACACUUUAAGGAUCAGUUCUUAUGUAUGCAUUGCCUGUAACAAUGCUAAUAAAGACACUUUUUUUCUCUA